AUGGUUCUAUCUUUAUACAGGCUGCAAAACAGAUACAGUCCAGUACGGAUGAUUAUUUCGGCUGAGUUAUACAGAAUUCGUAUUUUAUCAGUGUUCAGACUUAGCUACCGAAGUGCAAUCGAUCGCUGUUACUCCGUCGGUGCUGUUCAGUCCACGCAAGAUAGCUCCAACCCUUAUCUUCUGAAAACCCACUGGACCGAUGCGUCAGAACUGGCUGACCAUCUUUUCAAGCGAAUUGUUGCUGUCAAUGAACAUUUUGUUGUUGUGGAUAAGCCUGCUGGUCUAUCCGUUUGGGGCCAUGCUCUUUCAAAGUUGGAAGCCCUGAAGCUCCUUCGACCCAAGUGCGCAGAUGAUGGAGUUCAUCUGUCGAUAAAAGACUGUCUUCCACAUUUGUGCAAACUGAUCGACGAUGCGUCCUCGACAGGAACAUUCAGCCAAAGUCCGGUCUAUACAUUCUCUCAUUUGCCGGAUGGAAUGAAUCCACCUACAAGCCUAUCCAACACGAUCCCGAAAUUGUAUAUUGCUGAGUCUCUCCCAGCUUCUUACUCAGGCCUCAUACUUUUGGGUCGAACACAGGAAUAUACCACCGCAGCGCAGAAAUUCUACCGCGCCGCUUUGAAGGGAAAGUGCGCAGAUGAUGGAGUUCAUCUGUCGAUAAAAGACUGUCUUCCACAUUUGUGCAAACUGAUCGACGAUGCGUCCUCGACAGGAACAUUCAGCCAAAGUCCGGUCUAUACAUUCUCUCAUUUGCCGGAUGGAAUGAAUCCACCUACAAGCCUAUCCAACACGAUCCCGAAAUUGUAUAUUGCUGAGUCUCUCCCAGCUUCUUACUCAGGCCUCAUACUUUUGGGUCGAACACAGGAAUAUACCACCGCAGCGCAGAAAUUCUACCGCGCCGCUUUGAAGGGAAAGCCCCCAUGGCGGAUGUACCAGCAGUUCCUCGCUGUUUGUUUGAACAAACCAUUCACCUUAUGCGCCAACAAUGUACGCUUUCCUGUGGGCACCUUCGCGCUAAAUGAACAUCUGCAUGUUGGAUAUAGGGAAAGUCUGACCUUUUUGUUCAGUUGGUUGGUAGCUGUAGAAACGGCGGAACAGUUGCAUGUUCCUGUGGACUUAUUUUUCGGACAGAAAAGCUGGAUUUUGAAAUAUGCGAAGAAUGCAAACGCAGUUCGCCUGACUUUAUUGUCUUUAUGCCAUCCCCUAAAGGGAAACAUUGAGUAG